AUACGACGCAAUUGGCUUUCGGGCGAGCGCCCUGGAUGCCGUCUUCGCUUUGGGUGUGCAGCUUACCGGUGACUGUUUAAUAUAAAAGAUGAGUGCCGCUGAAUCAAUCGUCUUAGUCAAUGCGAGAUAGUCCCAACACAACAAGUGGCGCUAGGCUUGUGAGAGGUGGUUCGAUUCACGCUAGGAGUUCUGUGAAGGCUGGUGCUGUGCGAGAAGCGGCGCGAUUUGUUCUGCAGUUGCAUAAAGUGAGAUUCGUUUUUUUUUUCUGGUGAGGUGGUCUAAGGAGCAAAAGCAAGCGUGGUGCAUAGUUGAAAGUUAUCUUGGAAGACGGUGUUGAAAGGGUUCGUGAUUUGGUUUGAAUAAAGAAAAAAAAAAGUGUUCGCAUCAAUGGAGCAGAUUACCAAGAUAAGCACAGGUCGCUGUGUCAAACAAGUACAUCACACCCUCCAUCGAGCUUCCGUUCGUCCGCUUGGGGCACUGUUGCUGAUCUGUUUACUAGCUUCCUCACUUGAAGUUUCCGCCAGACCUUCAGACGCUGCUAAGCCCGUGCGAUCGGUUUCAUCGAGUGAUCUGGCUCCCUUCUCGCAUCACAACCAGAAACGCUCGACGGAUGAGAACGAAUACGGUGACUAUUUCGACGACGAGUACUUGCACAUAAGACGCUGCUAUGAAGACGAGGAUGUCAACGAACUAUGUCAAAGAUGUUCGAAGGUAACAAAAUCAGCGAUAGUGUUUCCGAUGUGCUGUAGCAAUGAGGAUGAUACGAUGGACUGGUGCAAGGCGUACGUCUACUAUGGCAUACAAAAUUAAACGAAUCGCGUUUAUGUCAACGCACUAUGAUGAAGUGCACUUUCCACUUAACAUAUCUACUGAGUAGUCUAGCUAUCUAAUCUAAUAUCUAUUUAUAUUCAAAAUGUCACGAGUCAUCCGUAUUGUGUCGUCUUCAUUUUUGUGUUUUCUGUUUCAUCGUCUAGUAAUUUAUUAAAGCCAUAAUUACUUACAUUAGGGAAGAUGGAAGAGAUUAGAAGACUGUUGUGAUGCCUAUAUCACGAAAAACUUAUAAUAGAUUUUCUUAUGAUUAAGCAAAUUAUCAAGACCAAUUGCAAUCGAAUAAAUUGCCCAACGGUAAUCAAUUGACAAGAAACAAUAGAA